GAGUGUGGUGAGUGUUGUCUUCCGUGGACAUUCAGUUCCCACGCGACGUCUAAACUUGCUUUAUAUGAUUUACACGCACUCUACUGGAACAAGCGCAUAAACGCAGUGCUCAUAGCCACUGGUUUAUAAAUUUCUCUUAUUAAUGGUUUUUCCUCGGGUCACUCCUUUAGGAGUGUGCAGUCCACCUGCGGUCCGGUCAAACUGCGCGUCUCAACGCCAAUGGAUUACAGUAACCUGAUGGCGCCUCCAGUGCCGCCCCACAAACCCAAAUCCCCCCCGUCUGCGCACUCUCAGGGGCGGCUGUUAAAGUGUGUUUUUCUCGGGGACGGAGCUGUGGGGAAAACCAGCCUGAUUGUCAGCUACACAACUAAUGGAUAUCCGACAAAAUACGUCCCGACAGCGUUCGACGAUUUCUCUGCGGCCGUACAGGUGGAUGGUCAGCCAGUGAGACUGCAGCUUUGUGACACUGCUGGACAGGAUGAAUUCGAUAAGUUACGUCACUUCUGCUACACAAGGACCGAUGUCCUCCUGCUGUGCUUCAGUGUGGUCAGCCCAGCCUCCUUUCAGAACAUUGGUGAAAAAUGGGUCCCAGAGAUUCGCCGCCGUUGUCCACUUACACCCGUGCUGCUGGUGGGUACCCAGUGCGACCUUCGGCAAGACGUCAAGGUCCUCAUCGAACUGGCACGCCGCCGCGAGCAACCCGUACCGGAGGAGGAUGCCCGUGCCCUGGCGGAGAAAGUUGGUGCGAUAGCAUAUGUGGAAUGUUCCGCCCUCACUCAAAAAAACCUGAAAGAGGUGUUCGAUGCCGCCAUCUCCGUGGGCCUCCGGCAUUCUGACAGAAGAGCCAAGCGGGAACGUAAGGUCCACAGUACUGCAGAUAAAAUGAAAAUGCUUUCAAAGUCGUGGUGGAAGAAAUACAUCUGCAUACAUUAGCAACAAUCGAAGAUUGGACAUUGAUGCAUGAACAAUAUGAAAGAUCAUUGUUUGGCAUACUUCACGCUCCUCAUGUGGAUGAUAGAUCAUUGAUAAGAAUCAACAUCGGACAAUGUUGCUGCUGAAAAAAAAGAGACUAAGGAAAAUAUUAUGCUGAUAUUACAAUUGGCUAGGGAAGGUACAGCAGCCAGCUUCCCUGUACCCAACAGUAAAUUACUUCCCAACAGCCAAACUGGAAACUGAAGGAUGCUGUUGGGAUAUUUCAAAGCCAAAACAUCUCUGAUUAUGGAUUGAAAAAUCAUCUACUGCUUUUGUUUGUAUAACCAAAUAUAGUGCCAUGGUUUUUAUUUAUUUACCCAUGACUUCUAACUGAUUUUGUAUGUACGAACAUUUGGAUGACCACGUUAAUUUAACCUCUACAUCCCAAAGCCAGUUUUAAAGGAGUUUAGAGGCCACCAGUAAUCUACGUCUACACUUAAGUGGUACUCAUAUCCCAAAGCAUCAGUGGACAGUCUUCAAAUGAAUCUAUUCGUAACUGUGGGCCUCAACUUGACUGUUUUGAUCCGUUAUUUUUGAGACUGUUUGUCCCAGCUUGGGUGUAAUUGAAACUUAACUUUGCCUUUGCAUUGUGAUGGUAUUGGAUUCUGGUUUUCCAGGAAUUGGUAAUAGUAUCCUAUCAUGCAUAACCCAUUACCUUUAUAUGCCAUACAAUGCAUUGCACUUAUGAUCACUUGUUAACACCAAUUCUCUUUUGUUGAACUGUUAUAACUAUUUUUCAUAGUCUAGUUUUUUUUUUUUUUUUUUUUUUUUCACUUGACUACUCUACUCUAAUGUGCCAUGUUUUAAGAAAUCUUUAAUACAAAGUUAUUUGGCUAAGUGUCAUCCUGUUCAACCAGUGGUAACAGGUAUGAACAGCCAAUGAGUUUUGUUGAAUUUGCUUCUCAUUUUUCAGAAGCCCAAUCAGAGUCAUUUAGUCAGACUUCAACCUCAAACAAUAGAGCGCAACAGGAGGGUUCUCAGGAGUAAAAUCCCAUUAGUUUUCUGUAUUGAGAGAUUAAUUUGUAACAAUUUACAUAUACACUUUUUAAGAUAGAAAUACCAUGGGUUAAGCAAUGGGAUAUGCUUCUGUAGAAGACAUAAAUCAAUGGGAUUUCAACUUUUAAAAGUACUAUACUACCCACAAUCAGUUGAAACCCACUAAUCAGGGAAGUCACUGCUAGUUUGGAAACAUGAAUUGCAGGAACCAUGCAUAACAGAGAAUGCCCAGCUCCCAUAAAGCAUUGUGAAGUAAAAUCAGUUGAAUAUCUGUACAAAAAUGUCUCUAUCAAAGAAAUUUGAGUGUUAUUGAGAGUGACCGCAUCACACCGGAAUAUAUAAUUUUACAGCAGCGAACCAACACAACUAAAAUGGCCUAAUUUAUGUAAUUUAAUUGAAAAAUAGUGAUAUCAGCAGCAUUUAACCAAAUAAUUCACAACAAAACUUGUACAGUCCAGGGUCACCUAGGAGCACUAGUGAGUGAUGAAUCAAAUGAAUUAUCUGAACAAACCGAUUUGUUAAAAUUACAUAUAUUAAGAAAAUUUGCAAAAAACUUACAAAAUAUUAACUUAUUUUCUAAUCGUGAUUCAUUAGUUUCAUGUUGUACCAAACCUGCUGAUUCAAUUACACCAUUCGCAAUGCAUCAUGGGAUUAGUAGUUCAGUCACAAUUAAGUACACAGUCUUUUAUAUUUUGUCUUUUAUUUCCACCAAUUUUUUCAAACACUUCUUUGCUUCAAGUCAAUGUUGUAAUGUUGACAUUAAUUUCAGAGCUGGAUGGUUUGCUUCAAGGUUCAUUAUUGCCUAUGUUGAAAAUGAAUGGGGGAAAAUACUUCCAAAACCAAAGCUGCUUAAACAGUGGGCACUGUCAUUGUUGCGCUCUAUACAGUCACGCAUCAGGAAGCGGCUUCUGUUCUUUAUGUACUUUAUCAGGGUAAUCUACUAUAGAUUUGUACAUUUUAUAUGAUUGCAUUUAAUUGUCUCUCUUACUCUACAAACACGUUUAAAUGGUAUGGUGUUUAUGAGUGUUUUGUUUGCUGACUGCUAUCCAUGAUUUCCAUGGAAAAUAAAUGUGACAUUUUAACAGAAAA